AUGUCCAUUAAGCUAAGGGAUUUAAUACGAAACAUUCGAAGCUGUAAAACAGCAGCUGAGGAAAGGUCAGUAGUAGCAAAAGAAUGCGCAUUAAUUCGUACAGCUUUUAAAGAAGAAGAUAAUAUUUAUCGACAUAGAAAUGUAGCAAAAUUAUUAUUCAUAAAUAUGUUAGGUUAUCCUACUCAUUUUGGACAAAUUGAAUGUUUAAAAUUAAUUGCUUCUAAUAAAUUUUCAUUUAAGAGGAUUGGAUAUUUAGGCCUUACCAUAUUAUUAGAUGAGAAUACAGAUAUUUUAAUGUUAGUAACAAAUUCAAUAAAAAAUGAUUUAAGAAAUAGUAAUCAAUAUAUUAAUGGUUUAGCUUUAUGUGCUUUAGGAAAUAUAGCAAAUAGUGAAAUGUGUUCCUCGUUAAGAUAUGAGAUCUUAGAUAUGAUGAAUAUUAAUAAUCCUUAUAUAAAGAAAAAAGCAGCUAUGUGUGCUAUUCGAAUAUUGAAAAAAACUAAUGAUAUUGAAGAAUUAUUUUUAGAAAAAAUUAAUAAUUUACUAGAUGAUCGAAAUCAUGGUGUAUUAAGUGCAGGUAUAAGUUUAAUGAUAACACUAAUGGAAAAAAAACCUCAAUAUAAAAAUAUUUUAAGAGGAUAUACAAAUAAAAUAGUAAAGAUUCUUAAAAGUUGUGUUAUGUCAGGAUAUACACAUGGUGCUGAAUAUGAUAUAUAUGGUAUUAAUGAUCCUUUUUUGCAAGUUAAAAUUCUUAAAUUAUUAAAAUAUUUAAAUUCUGAUCAUGUUAAUAAUAACGAAAAUGAAAACGAAAAUGAAAAUGAAAAUGAAAAACAUAUAAAUUAUAUGAAUAAUAUGAAUAAUAAAAAUGAUGAAGAUAAUAAAACUAUGUGUAAUAUUAAUUAUGAAGGUGCAACAACAAGUUUUAAUAAUACCAAAAGCUUUAAUGAGCAGAAUGAUAUUUUAGAUGAUACUUCUUUAUCGUCAAGGGAAAAAUUAAUUAAAAAUGUUAAUAAUAAACAACCAUAUAGUAUAAAUGAUAAUAUGAAUAAGUUUAAUAGUAUGAAUAUUAUUCAUAUGGAUUCUAUGAAUAAUAAUAUAUAUGAUAUGGAAGAAGUAAAUUCUGUUUUGGCUCAAGUUGCUACUAAUACGGAUUCUUUAAAAAAUGUAGGUAAUGCUAUAUUAUACGAAUGUGUAAAGACUAUUACAUAUAUAUCUACUGAUCCUGGUCUCCUCGUCUUAGCUGUAAAUGUAUUAGGUAAAUUUUUACAAAAUAAUGAUAAUAAUAUUAGAUAUGUAGGUUUAUGUACAUUACAGAAAUUAUUAAAAAAAGAUCCUAAAACCUUACAUAUAUAUAGAAAUACAAUUAUUGAAUGUUUAAAAGAUCAAGAUAUAAGUAUAAGGAAAAAGGCAUUAGAUGUUGCAUUUGCUCUUAUAACUAAAGAUUCUUUAAAAAUUAUGGUAAAAGAAUUAUUAAAUUAUUUACUAGUAGCAGAUAUAGAAAUUAAAAGUGAUAUUGUAUCUAAUAUAUGUGUAUCUGUUAAUAAAUAUGCGCCCAAUGUACAAUAUUUAUUAGAUACAUAUAUAAAAUUAUUUUGCUUAGCGGGAAAUUUUAUACAAGAUCAUAUAAAAGACGAUUUUAUUUAUUAUCUUUUACAAAACCCAGAAUUUCAUUCAUAUGUUGUUUUUAAAAUAUUUUUUUCAAUAAAAGAAAAUUUAGAUCAAUAUGCUCUCAUUCAAGUAGGUAUUUGGUGUAUAGGUGAAUUUGGCGAUUUGUUAAUUCAAGAAAAAAAUGUAGGACCAGAUGAAGAAUUAAUAACUGUUACUCAUGAAGAUGUUUUUGAUUUAUUAGAUAAAAUUAUUAUAAAAUAUGAACAAAAUCAUGUUAAAGAGUUACAUAAUAUAAAUGUAAAGGAUCCUAUUCAUAAUAUUUUAUAUAAUAAUAAAUCAUUGAACAUAUUAGAGGAGACACUAAAUAAUAAUAGUAAUAUUAAUGGUAAUAACACUACUACUAAUCAUAAUAAUCAUAAUAAUAAUAAUAAUAAUAAUAAUGGACUUAAUAAUGCACUCAUAUGUUGUAAUAUAAAUGAUAAUAUGAAUAAUGAUGACAAUAAUAUUAUAUUACAAUAUAUUUUAAUGUGCUUAAACAAAUUGACAGUACGAUUCCCAUCACAUAAAAACAAAAUUGAAAAAAUGAUACAGAAAUAUAAAAAAAAUAAAUGUAUAGAAAUACAACAAAGAGCCUGUGAAUUCCAUGAAUUCAUGAACCCACAAUGGGAUCAAAUCAGAGAUUCUAUUUUAUUACGUAUACCAUGUAAUAAAAAAAUGAAUAGAAAAAAACAGCAACAACAACAACAACAACAACAACAACAACAACAACAAAAUGAUGAUGAUGAGGAACCAAUAUAUAGUGAUAAAAAUACUGAUACCUUGAUAAAUAAGAUGAGUUCUAUACAUACAAAUAACCAUAAUAAUUCGAACAAUUCAUAUGUGGUUGAUUUAUUAGAUCUGGAUGAUGUUUUAGGAAUACAAAAUACGAAUAAUAAGAAUAAUGAUAAUAUGAAUAAAAAUAUAAAUAAUAAUCUAACCAUUAAUGAGAAUAAGUUGAAUAAUUUUAAUAUUACUAAUGAUCCCAUAAAAAUGAAUAUUCCCAGUGUAUCAAAAAGUGAAGCAAAUAUAAAUAUUUCAUCUAACACACUAAAUAUAAAUGAUAAUAAUGUGCAAAUGGGAAAUAAAAAGAAUGAGGAUAUUUUGGCUGACUUGUUUGGCAAUAUUUCAUUGGACAAGCCAACAAGUAAUAAACCAAGUGAAUCAAAGGAGGAAGGAAAUAAUUCAUUGAAUUUACUUUUGGAUGACAUAACAACGGACAACCUUGAUACCUUAAAUUUAAUGGAUGAGAAGAUAAAGGAAAAGGUUCAAAUACAACCUUUAAAAAUAUAUGACAAAAAUGACAUUGUAAUUGUUUUCAAUUUUGAAAAAGAAUAUAUAGACUCUGAAGUUACAAUGAUUAAAGCUGUAUAUUCAAAUAAAUCUAGCAUUUUAAUAUCAUCCUUUGUUUUUGAAGCUGUUGUUCCUAAUUAUGUAAAGUUAGAAAUCUUUUCUGCUUCAGAUAAACAAUUGUUACCAUCAGAAGGAAAUACAAUAAAACAGAAUCUUAAAAUUUGGAAUAAGUUAUUUAAGAAAAAGCCUGUUCUUAUGAAGGUUAGGUUAUCUUAUGUAAAGAAUAAUGAAAGCUUCCAAGACUUUAUUAAUAUAGGAAAUUUUCCUAAUGAUUUAUAA